CUGCCGACACAUCGUUUCUGAGAAAUCUCUUACCGUGCCAGAUCGCGUGCAUCUUUCUAAUUUUUGAGAGUCAAUAAUCCCAGACCAGAGAACAGUCCUUAGCCUCUCUCCGCCAUGGGUCAAACACCGUCGCAAUUUAUGGAGGACAUGCAAAAGCGGUCCAACUUUACGUCCGCUGAACUAGAGAGACUCAAAAAGCGGUUCAUGAAGCUCGACAGCGAUGGUUCAGGUUCGAUAGAUAGAGAAGAGUUUCUUCAGAUACCUCAAAUAGCGUCCAACCCGCUUGCCUCCCGGAUGAUUGCCAUAUUCGACGAGGAUGGUGGUGGCACCGUUGAUUUCCAGGAAUUUGUUGGUGGUCUCAGUGCAUUUAGUAGCCGCGGUGGCCGAGAAGAGAAGCUACGCUUUGCCUUUAAGGUAUACGAUGUUGACCGGGACGGGUUUAUCUCGAAUGGGGAACUGUUCCUCGUGUUGAAGAUGAUGGUCGGCAACAAUCUUAAGGACCAGCAGCUCCAACAAAUCGUGGAUAAGACUAUCAUGGAGGGUGAUCACGAUCAGGACGGCAAACUCAGUUUUGAAGAGUUUGCCCAGAUGGUGUCGAAUACGGACAUCGUAAAACAAAUGACACUCGAGGAUCUCUUCUAACGUGCCCUUGCCAAAGUGGACUGGCUAGGAUGACGAGUGGACGAAACAUGACGCAGAUGUGGCAUAUUCAUGCACACAUCCAUU